AUACAGCGCUGUGCCAGUAGGAGCGCUCUACAAUACCCCUCCAUCAUCACCUCCCCCUCCACUGACACCUGGUUGCUCUCCCACUACUGCUCCUCCUCCAUCAAUCCUCCUCCCAUCCCAUCCCAUCCAUCCUCCCCUCCUCCUCCUCCCCUCUCCCUCCAUUUCAGUUGGUCUGUGUGCGUGCGGUGUGUCUCUCAUCCUCAUACUUCUCCUCUCCCUCACCCAAAAAGAAAUACCAUAGCUGCUUCACGAUCACUGUCAACCGGUUUAAAUUUUAAUUGGCGUUUGAAAUUCAAUUCCAUCCAUCUCAAUUCCUUCGAUCAGCCUUGCAUUAGAUUCCCCAAAGCUCCAGCUUCAGAGGCACACUCCCACGAAAGAAGAAGGAAAAAAAAGCAAUGUACGGCACAGCGGGCACCACCACCGGUGUCUCCACCCCCCACUCCGCUUCCUCUCUGCGACCUCUGGUCCUCACCCACGGCUCCCUCGAACAUGCCCUCCUCGUGCCGACGGCCAUCCACUACCACGCUUCCGAGCUUCGGCAGCGAUUUCAGACCGUUUUACCCACGGCCACUGAGGAGCUAGCUCUCGACGAGGAGCCGUCAUCGGUUCCCGAAUUGGUUGCACGAUUUCUCGGAUACGUCGCAGAGCAGGUAGUAGAGGGCGAGGACGACGCUUCCGGGACAUAUGAAGAUGUGUUGCGGCUCGUCUUGUCCGAGUUCGAAAGUCGAUUCCUGCGCGGCAACGAGGUCCACGCCGUGGCCGCACAACUGCCCGGCAUUCCCUCGAAGCGGCUCGAUGUCGUCAAGAACUACUAUGCUGCCCGCCAGGCUGCGAACCGGCCACUCAAGGCUCAUGAAUCGGCACUCUUCAGAGCUGCAGCGGACGGCAAGGCCGGUGUGUACGCCGUCUUCGGCGGCCAGGGAAACAUUGAGGAGUACUUCGAUGAGCUGCGGGAAUUGUACCAUGUGUACGAGGGGCUCGUGGAGGAAUUCAUCGUGUCCUGUGCCCAUGUUUUGUCGGCGCUAUCACGGGACCCCAAGGCCGGAAAAGUCUACUCGAAAGGACUGGACGUUAUGCGCUGGUUGCAGGAUAAGGAGUCCACACCCGAUCUCACAUAUCUCGUUUCUGCACCCGUUUCCUUCCCGUUGAUUGGAUUGGUACAGCUGUCACAUUACUAUGUCACCUGCAAGAUUCUUGGCAAGGAGCCCGGCGAGCUGAGGGAGAGAAUUGCGGGUACCACCGGUCACUCGCAAGGUGUCAUCACGGCGGCAACGAUCGCUAUCGCAUCUGAUUGGGAUUCAUACCUGAAGGUCUCGCACGAUGCCCUGACCAUGCUUUUCUGGAUCGGAUGUCGAUCUCAGCAAACCUACCCCCGCACAUCACUCGCUCCCAGUGUCCUGCAGGACUCGAUGAACGAGGGCGAGGGACACCCAUCUCCCAUGCUUUCGGUACGAGACCUUACGCUGGCACAAGUCCAAGGCCACGUCGAUGCGACCAACACCCAUCUGCCCGAGGACCGUCACAUUCACAUUUCGCUCAUCAACGGUGCGCGGAAUAUGGUUGUCACUGGUCCCCCCCAAUCCCUACACGGUCUGAACCUCAGACUGCGGAAAUCGAAGGCCCCGACCGGUUUGGACCAGAACCGUGUUCCCUUCACCGAGAGGAAGCAGCGGUUCGUGAACAGAUUCCUUCCCAUCUCAGCACCCUUCCACUCCCCCUACCUGGAGACUGCUGCGCCAAUCAUCGAGGAGGACCUCAAGGGCAUCACCACCUUCACCAAGGAGAGCUUGGCCAUCCCCGUAUACGACACACACACCGGUGAAGAUCUGCGGGAAUCUGCCACAGGUUCAUCGAUAGUGCACGAUCUCGUUCGCAUGAUUACGAGUCUUACCGUCGAGUGGGAGAAGGCUACAGUUUUCAAGGGCGCUACCCACGUCCUCGACUUCGGCCCCGGUGGUGUUUCAGGUGUCGGAGUGCUCACGCACCGCAACAAGGAUGGAAAGGGCGUGCGUGUAAUCCUUGCUGGAGCCGUCGAAGGUACCAACAGCGAAGUCGGAUACAAGCCGGAGUUGUUCGACCGUGACGAAGAGCAUGCCGUCAAAUACGCCGUUAACUGGGUCAAGGAGCACGGACCCAAGCUCGCCAGAACCAAGGAGGGCAAGACAUAUGUAGACACCAAGUUUUCGAGAUUGUUGGGCCGGGCGCCCGUCAUGGUCGCCGGAAUGACACCUUGUACUGUUCCGUGGGACUUUGUUGCCGCUACUAUGAACGCUGGCUACCACAUCGAGUUGGGCGGUGGUGGAUACUACAACGCUAAGGGUUUGACCGAGGCCCUGCGCAAGAUCGAGGAGAACACCAUUCCCGGAGCUGGUAUCACGGUCAACCUCAUCUAUGUCAAUCCUAGAGCCAUGGCCUGGCAGGUGCCGCUUCUGCAGCAGCUCCGUGCCGCAGGUGUGCCUAUCGAAGGUAUGACCAUCGGAGCUGGUGUUCCGUCGCUCGAGGUUGCCAAUGAGUACAUCGAGACUCUCGGAUUGAAGCAUAUUGCGUUCAAGCCUGGAUCCCUUGAUGCCAUCCAGUCAGUGAUCAACAUUGCGAAGGCGAACCCCACUUUCCCCGUCAUCCUUCAAUGGACCGGAGGAAGAGGUGGUGGUCACCACUCGUUUGAGGACUUCCACCAGCCCAUUCUUCAGAUGUACGGACGCAUCCGCCGCCACGAGAACAUCAUUCUCGUGGCUGGAUCCGGAUUCGGUGGUGCCGAGGACACCUACCCCUACCUUACCGGUACCUGGUCCGAGAAGUACCAAUACCCUCCCAUGCCGUUCGACGGUGUUCUCUUCGGUAGCAGGAUGAUGGUCGCCAAGGAGGCGCAUACUUCCCUCAAUGCCAAGAAAGCUAUCUGCGAAGCGGAGGGUGUGGACGACAAGGACUGGGAGAAGACCUAUAAGGGACCUGCCGGUGGCAUCAUCACUGUCCGCUCCGAGAUGGGCGAGCCCAUCCACAAGCUGGCUACCCGUGGUGUCAAGUUUUGGGCUGAGCUCGACCGUACAAUCUUCUCACUCGACAAGGCCAAGCGUCUCGUUGAGCUCAAGAAGCAGCGUGAAUACAUCAUCAAGCGACUCAAUGCUGAUUUCCACAAGACUUGGUUCGGACAGAACAGUGCUGGCGAGGCUGUUGACCUUGAGGAUAUGACUUAUGCUGAGGUUGUUCACCGCAUGGUCGAGCUCAUGUUUGUCAAGCACGAGAAGCGAUGGAUCGAUGUUUCGCUCAAGCGUCUCACUGGCGACUUUAUACGGCGUAUCGAGGAGCGUUUCACUACCGGCGAAGCCCAGCCCUCCCUCCUCCAGAGCUACACGGAGCUUGACGAGCCCGCCCCCACGGUUGAGCGCAUUCUCAACAGCUACCCUGAAGCCAAGACUCAACUCAUCAAUGCUCAGGAUAUGCAGCACUUCCUGCUGUUGUGCCAGAGAAUGGGCCAGAAGCCCGUGCCCUUCGUGCCUUCUCUUGAUGAGAACUUCGAGUUCUGGUUCAAGAAGGACUCGCUCUGGCAGUCUGAGGACUUGGAGGCGGUUGUUGGUCAGGACGUCGGCAGAACCUGUAUUCUUCAGGGACCCAUGGCCGUCAAGUACUCCAAGAUCGUGGACGAGCCUAUCAAGGACAUUCUGGAUGGCAUCCACAACGGCCACAUCGAGGGAUUGACCAAAGAUGUGUACGGUGGCGACGAGAGCACCAUCCCAGUCAUCGAGUACUUUGGAGGAAAGGUUCUCACAACCGCUGAGGAUGUCGACAAGAUCGAUGGUUUGACCAUCGCUGAGGACACCGACAAGAUCGUUUACCGCCUGUCGUCGGCUGCUUCUCAGGGUGCCUUGCCAGCUACCGCCACGUGGUUGAAGCUGCUCGCCGGUGAUUCGUACUGCUGGAGGCAUGCUCUGUUCACCACCGAUGUCUUUGUUCAAGGGCAGAAGUAUCAGGACAACCCCAUGAAGCGCAUAUUCGCUCCAGCCCAUGGCAUCCUCGUUGAGAUCGCCAACGCCGACGAUUCCAGCAAGACGGUCAUCACCAAGAAAGAUCAGACCCACCCUACCGGUGCUUACACCAAGACAUUCGAGGCGAAGAUCGUCGACAAUGAGAUCCAUGUCACCCUGUUUGAGGAUCGCUCUGCUACCGGCAAGCCUACCGGAAUGCCCUUGACCUUCAAGUACCAUCCCGAGAUUGGUUAUGCGCCGAUUCGCGAGGUGAUGGAAGGAAGAAACGACAGGAUCAAGGAGUUCUACUACCGCCUGUGGUUCGGCGAUGAGCCCAUGGACAUGAACACCUCCGUUACCGACGUGUUUGAGGGCGGCCAGUCUACUGUCACCGCGCAGCAGAUCGCUGACUUCGUUCACGCUGUUGGUAACAACGGAGAGGCUUUCGUGCAACGCCCCGGAAAGACCGUCUACGCGCCCAUGGACUUUGCCAUCGUCGUCGGCUGGAAGGCCAUCAUGAAGGCCAUCUUCCCCAAGGCUAUCGAUGGUGAUCUUCUGAGACUCGUUCACUUGAGCAACGGCUUCCGUAUGCUUCCCGGUGCUGAGCCCCUGCAGAAGGAUGAUGUUGUCGACACCAAGGCCCACAUCAACGCUGUUCUCAACCAGGACUCUGGCAAGAUGGUCGAGGUUUGCGGUACGAUCACCAGGGAUGGUCACCCCAUCAUGGAGGUUAUCUCUCAGUUCCUUUACCGUGGAGUCUACACGGACUACGAGAACACUUUCCAGAGGAAGGUCGAGACACCCAUGAAUGUGCACCUGGCCACCACCAAGGACGUUGCUGUUCUGCGUAGCAAGGAAUGGUUCCAGCUCGAUGACGAUGAAGUCGAUCUUCUCGAUAAGACUGUGACUUUCCGUCUCUCCAGCUUUGUCCGUUACACGAACCAGACGGUCUUCAGUUCGGUCCAGACGAUGGGUCAGGUCUUGCUCGAGUUGCCCAGCAAGGAGGUCAUCCAGGUUGCUACCGUGGACUACAACGCCGGUCAGUCUCACGGAAACCCCGUCCUCGACUACCUUCAGCGCCAUGGAAAGAGUAUUGAGCAGCCUGUGCACUUCGAGAACGCCAUUCCUCUGCACGGUAAGACCGAGCUCGUCAUCAGGGCUCCUUCCAGCAACGAGGGCUAUGCCAGAGUCUCCGGUGAUUACAACCCAAUCCACGUUUCGAGGACCUUUGCCAGCUAUGCCAACCUCAAGGGCACCAUCACCCACGGUAUGUUCUCAUCCGCAGCUGUGCGAUCCCUUGUGGAGACCUGGGCUGCCGAGAACAACAUUGGACGUGUCCGAUCCUUCACUUGCUCCUUCGUCGGAAUGGUGCUUCCCAACGACGAUGUCAAGACCAUGCUGCACCACGUCGGUAUGGUGAGCGGACGGAAGAUCAUCAAAGUUGAAUCUUUCAAUGUCGAGACUGAGGAGAAGGUCCUUGUUGGAGAGGCCGAGGUCGAGCAGCCUGUUUCUGCGUACGUCUUCACCGGUCAAGGUUCUCAGGAGCAGGGUAUGGGUAUGGACCUUUACGACUCCUCUCCCGUUGCUAGGGAGGUCUGGGACCGUGCCGACAAGCACUUUAUGGACAACUACGGUUUCGCUAUCACCAACAUUGUUCGCAAUAACCCCAAGGAGCUCACCGUUCACUUCGGCGGUCCUCGUGGUAAGGCGAUCCGCCAGAACUACAUGUCGAUGACCUUCGAGACUGUGGGCUCGGAUGGCUCCACCAAGUCGGAGAAGAUCUUCAAGGAAAUCAACGAGAACACCACCUCGUACACCUACCGCUCGCCUACCGGUCUCUUGUCGGCCACUCAGUUCACCCAGCCCGCGCUCACGCUCAUGGAGAAGGCCUCGUUCGAGGACAUGCUCUCGCGCGGAUUGGUCCAGCGCGACUCCGUCUUCGCCGGUCACUCGCUCGGAGAGUACUCUGCUCUGGCUGCCCUCGCCGAGGUCAUGCCGAUAGAGUCUCUUGUCUCGGUCGUCUUCUACCGUGGAUUGACGAUGCAAGUCGCCGUCGAGCGUGAUGCGGAAGGCCGCAGCAAUUACUCGAUGUGCGCCGUCAACCCCAGCCGUGUGUCCAAGACCUUCAACGAGGAGGCCAUGCGUUACGUGGUCGAUAACAUCGCUGAGGAGACUGGUUGGCUGCUCGAGAUUGUCAACCUCAACGUCGCCAACCAGCAAUACGUCUGCGCCGGCGACCUCCGCGCGCUCGACUGCCUCACCAACGUCCUCAACUACCUCAAGGUGCAAAAGAUCGACAUCACAGUCCUCAUGGCGCAAUUGAGCAUCGAAAAGGUCAAGGAGAACCUGAUCAUGAUCAUCCGACAAUGUGCGAAGGAGACGGAGUCCAAGCCGAGACCCAUCGACCUUCAGCGUGGUCUCGCCACCAUCCCGCUCCGCGGCAUCGACGUCCCUUUCCACUCCACCUUCCUUCGCUCGGGUGUCAAGCCGUUCCGUUCGUUCCUCCAGAAGAAGAUCGUACAGUCCUCGAUCGACCCCGCAAAGCUUAUUGGAAAAUACAUCCCCAACGUCACUGCAAAGCCGUUCCAGCUCACCAAGGAGUACUUUGAGGAUGUCUACAAUCUUACCAAGUCUCCCAAGAUUGGUCAGGUCCUUGCGAACUGGGAUAAGUAUGAGGAUGGGACCGCCUAGGCUUAGGCUUGGUGCGUGGUGAGGUGCGUGAUGAGGUGUGAUGGGUUGCAGGUGCGGUUGCUUUUGUUUCAUAUGGUGUUUUUUCUCUCUUUGUAUUAGAGGGCUCAGUAUCGGGUGGGAUGGAUGGAUGGGCUGGGAGGUUCAAAAUUUGAUGCAAUCAUAUGAUGGGGGUGGUGGUGGUUCUGUUUUUCUGCUCGGCUUUCUUCGUUUUUUCUCGGUUUUAAUUUCUAUUUUUUUCGCUUUCCGAUUUAUUUAGUUCUUAUAUCUGUCUUGCUUUAACGGGGGG